AUGUCCGUCAAAGCAAUUCACUUCAAAGAGCCAGGUCCGCCCUCCAAGCUCGAGCUAACUUCCAUUCCCAAGCCGAAGCCACAAUCCAAUGAUCUCCUCAUCAAGAUCAAAGCUUGUGCAGUCAACCCAAUUGAUACCAAGGUCAGACAAGGCGCCUUUCCAGCUUCCGACAUCACCGGAUAUGACGGAGCAGGAAUCGUGGAAGACGUCGGCUCUGCCGUCAAGGGGUUCAAACCCGGCGACGAGGUCUAUUACUCCGGCAUCCUAGGUCAACCUGGAACCACCGCUCAAUACAACCUGGUAGAUUACCGCGUCGCCGCUCUCAAGCCGAAGAGGCUAGACUUUGUGGCCGCAGCCACGGCUCCGCUGGUGACGAUUACAGCCUGGGAACUCCUCGAGGAGCAUUUCAACCUCCAACAAAACGAUGCUCUUGGGAAGCAAAAAGACAAGAGCAUCCUAAUCAUCAACGGUGCGGGCGGCGUGGGUUCCAUCGCCACACAGCUCGCAAGAAACGUGUUCAAGCUUGGGAAAGUCAUUGUUACUGCCAGCCGGCCGGAGACGAUCAAGCACGCUCAAAAGCUUGGUGCGACGCAUGUCAUCAACCACCACAAGGACCUGAAAGAACAGCUGAAAUCUGAAGUCGGCAUUGAAGGUGUGGAUUACGUCUUCAUCUGCUAUGAUACAAAUGCAUACAUGCCUAUCGCGGUCGACCUUGCCAAUCCAAAGGCCAAGAUCGGAAGUAUUGUUGAGAUUUCUGAGCCGCUAAAGGGGUUUGAGAAGCCAGAUGCCUUUAUGAAGGCGUUGUCGUUUCAUUGGGAGUUGAUGUUGAGUAAAGGUGUGCAUGGGUAUGAGCUGGAAAGCCAGGGCGAGAUUUUGAAGAGAGCGGCGAAGUUGUUUGACAGUGGGGAGUUGGUCAGUAUCGAGACGGAGAGGUGUACGUUGAGUGUCGAGAAUCUGAGAAAGGCGCACGAGAAACUCGAAAAUGGGAAGAUGGUCGGCAAGGCUGGACUUGAGGUUGGUGAGGACAUUCAAUAG